AUGGUUUCCUGUGCAGAAUACAGCAAUAACCUUCAAGAGGAUAUUUAUUCAGAGACCUCCGGACACUUCAGAGAUUCUCUCAUGAACUUGGUCCAGGGAACCAGAGAGGAAGGAAACACAGACCCUGUUAGUGCAGCUAAGGAUGCGAUAGUCCUGUGGGAAGCCUAGCAGAGGACGGGGGAACAUAAAACCAUGCUGCAGAUGAUCCUGUGCAACAAGAGUUACCAGCCGCUGUGGCUGGUUUUCCAGGAAUUUCAAAAUAUCUCUGGGCAAGACAUUGUAGAUGCCAUUAAUGAAUGUUAUGACGGAUAUUUUCAGGAGCUGCUAGUUGCAAUUGUUCUCUGUGUUCGAGACAAACCAGGUUAUUUUGCCUGUAGAUUAUAUAGUGCAAUCCAUGACUUGGGUUUCCAUAAUAAAACUAUAAUCAGGAUUCUAAUUGCCAGAAGUGAAAUAGACCUGCCGACCAUAAGAAAACGAUACAAAGAGCGAUAUGGAAAAUCCCUAUUUCAGGACAUCAAACCUCCACGCCACCUUCGCCUGAGUGCCAGUCCCCUUUCGUCUGGUGAAAGAGGCCCGGCCACUCUCAAUGGUAGGACCACCGUGGAGUCUGCAGCCCCUAUUCCGGGGCCUGCCCCCCUGGCGACUCUUCGAGUCCCUGCGGCCAGCCCGUCCACCUCCCCUCCUGUCUUCUAUCCCCAGCUACCCCUGGACCUGCUUCAGCAGCAGCGUUUUGGGGUUGUGGCGCCGGUGGAGCUGAAGGCCCUGGGGGAGCUAAUUGAUGAAGACCUCAUCUUCCAGACGGGGUUGUGGGACGUCUCCCACAAGCCCCAGUCGGCGGCCUGCCAGCGCGUCUGCCUAGCCAAUGCCGACCUCAGAACAGAGAGCAGAAGUGUGGUGCUCCACCCAAGAUACUGA